AUGCUUGAAGAAGCGGUGAUCAUUGAAAUUUCACAAGAUAGUCCUGUAAACAUAGAUUUCCAUGUUAAAGAAGAGGAAAGCAACGUUUUACAGUCUAUGGUAGAAAGCCUGACAGCAGAGAGAGAGGAAAUGAGAUCACCAGAGCUGUCUUCAGUAGACAUGGGUUUUAAAGACAAUGAGAUUCGUACCCUCCAUGUGGAAUUUAUCAGUACUGGGGGUGUAGAAAAUGGAAAGUUUUCACAGCCUUGUACCUCUUCAGAAUUUUCCACAGUUUAUUGUGAUCCACACACUUCACUGAUCAAUUCUACAGUUGAGAGCAGAGUGGCAGAAGUUCCUGGGAAUCAAGAUCAAGGCUUAUUUUGUGAGAACACUGAAGGAAAUCAUGCUCCAGUGAAUGAGAUUCAGGAUCUAGAGGACGCUUUUUCCCUGAGGCACCAGUGCCCCCGGUGCCCUCGAGGGUUUCUUCACGUUGAGAACUAUCUGUGCCACCUUAAGAUGCAUGAACUGUUCUUAUGCUUACAGUGCGGGAAAACAUUAACACAAAAGAAAAGUCUCAACAGGCACAUUCGAGGGCACACGGGCAUACGGCCCUUUCAGUGUUCUGUGUGCCUGAAGACAUUUACUGCGAAAAGCACACUGCAGGACCACUUGAAUAUACACAGUGGGGAUUGGCCAUACAAAUGCCACUGUUGUGACAUGGAUUUCAAGCACAAAUCUGCCCUCAAAAAGCAUUUAACCUCUCUCCAUGGCAGAAGCAGUGGUGAAAAACUAGCCAGGCAUGAUCUGGAAAGGCAAAACCUACUGUAA